UUAAUUGUAGUGAAAAUCAAUGGAUGGAGUGUUUGAGACAAUUGAGUGCAGAGGAUGUCAAUAACUACACGUCAAUCACUACCUGGCCUUUAGAGGGAACAGAGUAUCUGCCAAUCGAUGCUCAGACAUCUUUCCGGGAAGGGAAAUAUAAUAAAGACAUCGACAUCAUAGCCGGUGUGACCAGGAACGAGGGCUCAUUGUUGUCGAACUGGUUUUACCCCGAACUUCACGGGAAUUUCACUGAACAGGAGUUUAGGGAUUUGGUCCAAGAGUCGGACUUUCUCUUUCAUGGCAUACCUGUCCAAAAUGUAACCGAUUAUUACCUAAGGAAUGUUAACACCAGUGACUCCCAGGCACUGAAACAUGCAUUUUAUAACUAUUUUGGCGAUAUACUCAUGAAGUGUCCGACAUAUCUGUUCGCCAAACAAUUUGCUAUAAAUGCUAAAAACACUUCACAUAAUGUAUACUACUAUGAGCUGACAUACCAGGCUCAGGAUGUGGCCAUAUAUGGCUGUGUUGAGGAGACAAUGGGUAUAUGCCAUAUGUCUGAUGUGGAGUUUGUUUUCGGGCAGUUUGAAUACAACUUAACCACACCUUUGGACUUGAAAUUCAGUGCAGAAAUCAUGCAAAUGUGGACUCAAUUUGCCAAAAAUGGGUAA